AUGGCGAGGGGGACGGUGGCCACGUACCUGCAUGGGGUCCUUCUCCUGGCGCUGUGGAGACCGUCGCUGCAAGGAGGAGUAUAUAUACCUGCUGGAGCUGGAGGAAUAGGACCAGGAGGAAUAGGACCAGGAGGUGUAGGACCUGGAAGUGUAGGACCUGGAGGCAUAGGACCAGGAGGAAUAGGACCAGGAGGUGUAGGACCUGGAAGUGUAGGACUAGGCGGAAUAGGACCAGGAGGUGUAAGACCUGGAGGAGUCGGACCUGGAGGUGUAGGACUAGGCGGAGUAGGACCAGGAGGAGUUGGACCUGGAGGAGUCGGACAUGGAGGUUUCAGACCAGGCACUUUUGGUCCAGGGAGCGGUGGAUUGGGAUUUGGACCUGGGGGCAUUGGAACUGGUGGAAAACCUCCAAAAACAGGAGUUGGCUAUGGGGUUCCUGGAGGUGUAACAGGAGGGAUUGAAGCAGGACAGGGAACAGGAGCUGCAGGAGGACUUGGAGGCUAUGGGACCGGACCUGGAGGAGUAGGUUCAGGAGGUGUUGGACCUGGAGGCUAUGGGACCGGAACUGGAGGAGUAGGUCCAGGAGGUGUUGGACCUGGAGGUUAUGGAACAGGACCUGGAGGAGUAGGUUCAAGUGGUGUUGGACUUGGAGGCUAUGGGACCAGACCAGGAGGAGUAGGGCCAGGAGGUGUUGGACCUGGAGGUUAUGGGACUGGACCUGGAGGAGUAGGUCCAGGAGGUGUUGGACCUGGAGGUUAUGGGACUGGACCUGGAGGAGUAGGUCCAGGAGGUGUUGGACCUGGAGGUUAUGGGACCGGACCUGGAGGAGUAGGUUCAAGUGGUGUUGGACCUGGAGGCUAUGGGACCGGACCAGGAGGAGUAGGUCCAAGUGGUGUUGGACCUGGAGGCUAUGGGACCGGACCUGGAGGAGUAGGUCCAGGUGGCUUUGGACCAGGACAAACCAGACCAGGAGCUGCUGGAAAACCAGGAAAGACGGGAUAUGGAGGCAUUGGUCCAGGAGGUUUGGCUGGAGGAACACUGGGUGCCGGAGGCCUUGGCACCGGCCCAGGAGCAGGCUACGUACCUGCAGGCACUGGGUCUGGUGGUGUUGGACUUAGGCCUGGUGGUGCAAGUGUUAUUCCUGGCGGUGGAGGUUUUGGACCCGGCGGUGCAGGUGUUGGACCCGGCGGUGCAGGCUUUGGACCCGGCGGUGCAGGUGUUGGUCCUGGUGGUACUGGUGUGGGACCUGGCGGAGCAGGUGUUGGACCCAGCGGUGCUGGUGUUGGACCCGACGGUGCAGGUUUUGGUCCUGGUAGAGUUCCACUGCUGCCACAGACUGGUACUACAGGAGGAGGGAAGACCAGUGGUAAAGCAUCAAAGCUAGUUCCAGGAGUCGGGGUGCCUGGACUGUACCAAGGUGGAUAUUUACCAGGUCAAGGUUAUGGAGGUCGUGGUGUUCUCCCUGGAGUGGCCACAGGAUCUGGACUUGGGCCUCAGACUGGUGCUGGAGUGCUUGGCCAAGGGGGUGCUGGAUCCUUGGGCGUGAGCAAUGGUCGAGGACAACAACUGCCUGGGGUCUUUCAUGGUUAUCCUCUUAUAUCACCAAAAUCCGGGUCUGGCAAAUCAAAGAAUCUUGCCAAAGUUGCAGCUAAAUAUGGUGCUGGAGGAGCACUGGGUCAAGGAGGUGCUUUAGGUAUAGAUGCUGGAAGACGCCCUGGAGGGACAGGAAUCACACCUGGAUUUGGAGGUGGACAAGGAAUAGUACCUGGGUUUGGAGGAGCUGGAGCAGGAGGUGGACCGGGAACAGUACCUGGGUUUGGAGGAGCUGGGACGGGAGGUGGACCGGGAACAGUACCUGGGUUUGGAGGAGCUGGGACGGGAGGUGGACCGGGAACAGUACCUGGGUUUGGAGGAGCUGGGACGGGAGGUGGACCGGGAACAGUACCUGGGUUUGGAGGAGCUGGGACGGGAGGUGGACCGGGAACAGUACCUGGGUUUGGAGGAGCUGGGACGGGAGGUGGACCGGGAACAGUACCUGGGUUUGGAGGAGCUGGGACGGGAGGUGGACCGGGAACAGUACCUGGGUUUGGAGGAGCUGGGACAGGAGGUGGACCGGGAACAGUACCUGGGUUUGGAGGUGGACCUGGAACAGUACCUGGUUUAGGUUACGGCCCUGGUUCAGCCAAAGCACGAAAAUAUGGUCAGCCUGGUGGUGUGGGCACAGGUACAGCUGGAGGCCUGGGAGGAGGAGGACAAAGUGGACUAGGGCCUGGAUAUGGUUUUGGUCCAGGUGGAGCAGGUAUUGGUGCAGCUGGCGGCCUUGGAGGUGGAAGACCAGGGGAAGGUGUUGGCAUUGGCACUGGUGUGGGACCUGCCUCAGGGGUGGGAUUUGGUCCAGGUGGUGCUGGCAUUGGCCCGGGAGGAAUGGGUACUGGGCCUGGUGGAUAUGGAUAUGGCCCAGGUGGUACUGGCACCGGACUAGGAGGAGCAGGAACAGGACCUGGAGGGUAUGAUGCCUCUGCCAAAGCUCGUAAAUAUGGAAUGCUAAGCGGGGCACUUGGAGGUCCAGGUACAGGUACUGGAGCAGUCAGGCCCGGAGGUGCUGGUACAGGUUAUGGCCCAGGUGGAGUUGGACCUGGGGGUGCGGGUACUGGUUUUGGGCCAGGUGGAAUUGGACCCGGGGGUGUAGGUACUGGUUUUGGGCCAGGUGGAAUUGGACCCGGGGGUGUAGGUACUGGUUUUGGGCCAGGUGAAGUUGGACAUGGGGGUCCUGGUACAGGUUAUGGCCCAGGUGGAGUUGGACCAGGCAGUGUGGGUACUGGCUUUGGACCAGGGGGUGUAGGUACUGGUUUUGGACCAGGAGGCUUUGGAUCAAUUGGAGUUGGACCAGGAGGUGCCAGCGCUGGAUUUGGACCAGGUGCAGUUGGACCAGGAGGUGUCGGCACUGGAUUUGGAUCUGGUGGAGUUGGACCAGGAGGUACUGGCACAGGAUUUGGACCAGGUGGGGUUGGACCAGGAGGUGUCGGCACUGGAUUUGGACAAGGUGGAGUUGGACCAGGAGGCGCUGGCACUGGAUCUGGUCCAGGAGGAUUUGGACCAGGUGGAUUUGGACCUGGAGGUUAUGCUUCUGCCAAAGCCCGCAAAUAUGGUCUGCCUGGAGGUGCCCUUGGUACAGGAGCACUUGGACCUAGUUCUGGCCUUGGAGUAGGAGGAGGAAUCCCAGGAAGAGGCGUUAUACUAACAACUGGUGGAAGACCUGAAGGAGGACUGGGGACUGGUGGGCUUCCUGGUUCUGGUAUUGGAACAGGAGGUGGACCAAGUAGUUUCGGACCAGCCAGUACCGGAGGUGGUUAUGGGCCAGGAGGGUUUGGAACUGGCACUGGUCCAGGAUAUGGAACAGCUGGAUCAAAAGCCGCAAAGUAUGGAAAACCUGAUGGAGUUACACCUGGGGCAGGACCAGCGACUGGCACUGGUGUUUCUGUUAAUGCCACCAGUACUGCCAGAGGUAAUGCAACAACAACUAGACCAAGUGGAGGAUCUGGAGCCCCAGGAGGCACGCUAGCUCCAUCAGGAGAAGGUGAUGGCAGCCCUGGCAGUGUGUUAGAGGGAUCUGGAAGUCCAGGAGUAGAAGGAGGCACUGGUGUUGCUGGCAGACCAGUGGGUCCGGGAACUGAUAGGGACAGUCUGAGUGGAACAGGGAUCCCCAUCAUUGGAGCAAGACCUGGGCUCAAUGGAACUUACAUUCCAGGUUCUACAGGAGUCCCCCCUGUUGGUGGCGAGGCUGUACAACCAAGUGCUGGGACAAGUGUUGCUGGUACGGGACUCCCACCCGAAGGUUCCAGUGGUGGCAUCUCAGGCGGAACACUGCCUGGAGCCAAACCUCUCAAGCCCCCAGGUGUUCCCAGAGGUGACACACCAGGUGAAGGAGAAGGAGAUGAAAUUCCUGAUGGAGACAGAAGUGGUACAGUUAGCACAGGCAGAGAGUCAGGAGGCAUAGCAGGUGGUUCCACCAGUGCAGGAAGAGAUGGAGGAGUUUCAGGUGGUGUAGCAGGUGUAGAUAGAGGAGACAGCCCUGCUACUGGAACCGGAGUUAGACCAGGAGGUGCAGCUGGUGGAAUAGGAGGAACCCCAAAACCACCCAAAGUUUACAGGCCUGAGGGUGUAGGUGGAGGUGUAAGUGGUGGAGCUGGUGGUGUGGCAGGAGGACUUGGGCCUGGAGGAGCAGGACUGGUACCUGGAGCCGGUGGGCCUGGAGGAGCAGGACUGGUACCUGGAGCCGGUGGGCCUGGAGGAGCAGGACUGGUACCUGGAGCCGGUGGGCCUGGAGGAGCAGGACUGGUGCCUGGGGCUGGUGGGCCUGGAGGAGCAGGACUGGUGCCUGGGGCUGGUGGGCCUGGAGGAGCAGGACUGGUGCCUGGGGCCGGUGGACCUGGAGGAGCAGGACUGGUGCCUGGGGCUGGUGGGCCUGGCGGAGCAGGACUGGUGCCUUUUAAACCUGGAAAAAGCUAUGGCGCAGGUGGAGUAGGUGUUUUACCAGGUGGAGGUAUACGUUACCCAACUGGAGCAGGUCAGGGAGGAGGAAAGCCAGGAAAAGCAUAUGGAACAGGCAUCGGUUCUGUUGGUUAUGGUACUCGUCCAGGAGGCUAUGGCGUAGGACCCGGAGGAUAUGGGGUUGGCCCAGGAGGCUAUGGCACUGGACCUGGAGGUUAUGGAGCCAUUGGUACUGGUGCUGGACCUGGUCUUGGAGGAUUAGGUGGAGCUGCAGGAAGGGGCCCUAGCAGAGUCGGAGGUGGAUUAGGGCCAUAUAGUGGCGGUGUGGGUCCUGGGGGACUGGGCACUGGCAAACCACCAAAAAGUUAUGGAGCAGGAACUGGUGGCACUGGGCUGGGGCCUGGUGGCUAUGGACCUAGACCAGGUGGAGCAGGAUUUGGUCCAGCAGGUUAUGGACCUGGUGGCACAGGACCAGGUGGAUAUGGACCCACAAGUGGUGGAGCAGGGCUGGGUGGUGCCGGAACCAGGCCAGGUAGUGUUGGACCAGGUGGUGUUAUAACAGGACCAGGCAGCUUAGGACCUGGUGGAAUAGGAGCUGUUCCAGGGGGUUAUACUACUGGAGGAAAGACACCAAAAUCAGGAACUGGUUUUGGACCAGGUGUUGUAGGCACAGGAACAGGAGGUUUUGGAACAGGUGGCUUUGGAACUGCUGGCUUUGGUCCAGGGGGAGCUGGUACAGGUACAGGAGGCCUUGGACCAGGAAGUAUUGGACCAGGAACCGGAGGUUUUGGACCAGGUGGAGCUGGAACUGGUGGUUUUGGUCCAGGGAGUGCAGGUGCAGGAACAGGAGGCCUUGGACCAGGAGGCUUUGGACCAGGAACAGGAGGCCUUGGACCAGGAGGCUUUGGACCAGGAACAGGAGGUUUUGGCCCAGGUAGUACUGGUGUAGGAACUGGAGGCUUCAGACCAGGUGGUGCUGGAUCAGCAUCAAGUAGUGCUGGAACGGGAAUUGGCGGCUUUGGAAAAAGAAAACCUAAAUCUGGUUAUGGAGGAGCUGGAUAUGGAUCAGCAGCAGGACUAGGAGGAGGAGCAGGAGUAAGUCCUGGUGGAGUUGGAACUGGUCCUGGUAGCUCUGUCCCAGGAGGAUUUGGUCUAGGUGGAAUUGGGUCUGCCCCCUCUAGUUAUGGCCCAGGAGGUGUUGGACCAGGUGGCUAUGGCCCAGGAGGUGCUGGACCAGGUGGCUAUGGCCCAGGAGGUGCUGGACCAGGUGGCUAUGGCCCAGGAGGUGUUGGACCAGGUGGCUAUGGCCCAGGAGGUGUUGGACCAGGUGGCUAUGGCCCAGGAGGUGCUGGUCAUGGGCUGGGGGGUUUUAGACCUGGUGGGGCUGGUGGAUAUGGACCUGGUGGCCAGGCAGCUGGGUCAAGGAAGCCUCCCAAAUCUGGUUAUGGCUCUACAUUUGGUGGACUUGGAUACAGACCAGGUGCAGGACUUCCGGGUGCAGGAGUAGGAGGACUUCAGGUUGCAGGAGUAGGAGGACGUCCGGGUGCAGGUGUAGGAGGACUUCCUGGCGCAGGAGUAGGAGGACUUCCUGGCGCAGGAGUAGGAGGACUUCCUGGUGCAGGAGUAGGAGGACUUCCUGGUGCAGGAGUAGGAGGACUUCCUGGUGCAGGAGUAGGAGGACUUCCUGGCGCAGGAGUAGGAGGACUUCCAGGCGCAGGAGUAGGAGGACUUCCCGGCGCAGGAGUAGGAGGACUUCCUGGUGCAGGAGUAGGAGGACUUCCAGGCGCAGGAGUUGGAGGACUUCCCGGCGCAGGAGUUGGAGGUGUUUUUGGAGGUAGCACAGCAGGGGGUGUCGGUCUUGGCCUUGGUGGAACAGCUGGUGGAGUCUAUCCAGGAUAUACAGGAGCUGGGCAAAAAUCAAAGGCACAGAAGGCAGCCAAAUAUGCAGCCAUGCAGGCGUUGCUAGGAGUUGGUGGCUACAGAGGCGCAGGCUGUCAGGGUAAAUUCUGUGGCCGAAGGAGGAAGUGAAAGACCAACCUACAGGAAGUGACCUCAUCAAAACAACCCUGGUGCUAAUGCGUGAUCCCCGAUCCUAAAUGUUUUAAUUGCAAUAGAAGCUAUAACUCUGCCAUAUUCAACAUGCUUCUUUUCAUUUGCUUAGAGUUUGUGUGUGUUCUUUAUUAAAAAGCAAUGAUUCUCAGGCUGCUACAGUGACGAUUCCUCAAGGUAACACCAUUGUGGCAGGCUGCUAUGCAGAGGCUUGAAAUGCGUCCUUGGUUGUAUUGUUGUUUUGGCAAUCCAAUAACACAACUGAUUAAAUAAUUGAAAUAAGGCAAUAUUUUAUUUAGUACAAAUUAGAGUCAAUUAACAACAUUUAAUGAAAAAACUUUUGGGGGUUCCACACUUCCAGAUUAUGAGCCUUGGUAAGAGAGACCAAGCUAUAAUUCAGUUUUUACAUGUUGAACAUCAGUUGUGUGCUUGUAUCACUGUUGUGGGUGAAAACUGAUACUAAGGACUCCGGUCAGGGCAGCUCCUUCAGACCUGUCUGCAUGCUGAAACAGUGUUUAACAAUCAUUCACUCAUUUUUAUGAACUUGGUCUGAGUUAUACCAAAGUGUAGUGUUUAUUUUUAAUAUUUUCUUCACAGCUUUUGCAUCACUGUGCAGAAUCUUAAAAUAUAAUCUGUUACACGAGGCUGCUAAUUUAGGGAUCUGUGAACAAAAGAGACUCAAAUUGCACUUUUUAUGGUUUGGACUAACCAUUAUCUGAUCCCUGAAAAGCAGUCUGCCUUCAUUUAACUGUAUUUGGGCCUCAGCUGUCAGAAAUAUAGAGGCUGAGUUCCUCCAUUCACAACAUUAAGGGCACUAUUUUAUAGCUACAUAACACUACUUGGUAUUAGGAAGAAUGUGAGGUAACAUGAUUGUAAUACACGACAGCACAUUUAAAUGACAACUGAGGAAAGUUGAUCACUGUGUUUUGUUUCAUUAAGUACCUCUUAUCUGUGUUGAGCGAAUGUUCACCUUUACUAGACUUUUUAAAUUAUGCUGAGAAAGCUAUUUAGUCGCAUUUUAGUCAGUUGUCGUGAACUGACGCAGUAUUAAAUAUUUGUUAUUUUGUGCGUGUGAGGUGUAACCGUCUGUAAACUUGUGUAUUACUAUGGUGAAUAUAAGUGCUUUGUUUUUACAUUGUCCUUGAAUGUGUAGUGGAUCACAGUGAAGUCUGUGACAUCAUUACAAUAAAAAGGUAUAAGUUGG